GCUGUUAAGCGACAGUAUGGCAACGCCGAUAUAUCCAGCCCACAGCCCCCGCACAACCAAAGCAAUUCCACAAUUUGUUUAAGCUCACUCCACUCGUAAAUGAACGGAUUGUAAAAACAAAACGUAACAGAUAAACAAACAAAUUGAAAUCAUGGCUGACAGAGCUAUAAAGCUGCUUAUUAUCGGUGAGAGCGGCGUUGGAAAAUCCAGUCUGAUACGUCGUUUCGUUGAGAACAAGUUCGAUGACAAUCAUGACGUCACAAUUGGCAUGGACUUCAAGAGCGCCAUCAUGAAUGUGGAUGGCAUAGACUACAAGGUUGCACUGUGGGACACAGCGGGCGCCGAACGAUUUCGCAGCCUGACGCCCAGCUUCUAUCGCAAGGCGCUGGGCGCCAUACUCGUCUAUGACAUCACAAAUCGCGAAUCUCUGGUCAAACUGGAGGCUUGGCUGGCCGAGCUGGACAGCUACAGUGACAACCCCAACAUAGCGAUUAUUGUGGUUGGCAACAAAAUCGAUCAGGAGCGUGUCGUCGAUCGUGAGGAGGGUCGCAAAUUUGCGCGCAAGCAUCGGGCGCUCUUCAUCGAAACAUCGGCCAAAUGUGAUCAGUACGUUAGUGAUGUGUUCAAGGAUAUUGUAGAGAAGAUUGUUUCCUCCGAAUAUUUUGGCAACGGCAAUGCCUCGAACGGCAUGACCAUAGACAAUGUCCAGGAUGUGGAUUCGGCCCCAUCAACGUGUUAUUGUUGAUGCGUGUCCUGUGCUCAUUCUCGGUUUUUUCUUUUAUCGCCAUUCUAUAAAUUCUAAUUUUGAUAAAUUUCUAGCGUGUAUUUAUUUAAACGUUUCAACUUCAUUAGCAUAAAUGCUUUCUCACAUAUCCCUAAACAAAAAAAAAGAAACAAAUCAAAGCGGUUCGGUAAGCAAUACCACAAAAUGUUAAAUGUACCUCAACUGUAAAUAUAACUAUCCCAUAAAUUAA